GAGGAAUUGGCCCGCUGGUUUGGAACGGGGCAGGGUUCUGGGGCCGGACUUUGCGCAGGAAGCGCCGUCACAUGACGGCCUCGCCCGCGCCUCCACUGCAACGAACACAGUAGUGCGCGUUUGCCUCUUUCUCUCUUUAAAAAAAAAAAACUUGUAUAAAUCAACUUUAGUUUUGUUUUUUUGGCGUAAACUUGCGACGUUCUCAACGCCGCCGCGGCACGCACAUCCCUGACUCCUACACGGGGACUCGGAACUCGCGUUGAAGACUUCCAUCUGGGGGGGGGGGGGUGGUGGUGGGAUAGAGAGGGGAAAAGACUGCGAACCUCGACAAAAACCGGUUCGAACGCCCUGGUGGUGCCCGGCCGAAUCGGAUUGCAGGAGAGAAGUUGUUGCUUUAAACCACACAGCUGCAGAAGAAGCCUGUGGCUGCAGCAGUCACGAUGCAGCGUCAGGGUCGCGAGAACGAGCGGGGCCCGACAGACGAAGAGGCGUUCCAGCUCGCCGCCGCGUAUGUCUCGGACGCGCAGUUUGCGCGAAACAUCCCCUUCCAAACGGCCCGCCGCUGCAUCUGGUACUACCGCCUGUACACGCGCUGGGUCACCUGGGGACCCAUGUACAUGUUUCUGGCGCUGAACCUGGCUCUGGCCUUCCUGGAGACCCCUGCUAAGCCUCAGCUGGAAUCACCUCUCUGGGUCACCAUGCUUCUGGAGAGCCUCUGCCUCGUGGCCUUCUCGGUUCGCCUCGUGCACCUGGCGAAGUUCACGGAGCGCAGCGUGUUUUGGAAGGACCCCAAGAACAUUUGUGUCCUCGUCACCAUUAUCCUGACGGUGAUCGACAUGGUUAUUUACGUUGCGCUCACGCACAGCGGCUAUUACAUCGUGAGGUGGUCGCGAGCUCUCCGGCCGCUCUUCGUCAUCAACUUCAGCGAGAGCAGGCAGCUGCGUCGCUCGUUCCGGAACAUUCGACGAACACUGCCGGAAAUCCUGGGCGUGCUGGUGCUCUUCCUCUUCAGCAUUGCCAUAUUCUCCCUCAUGGCCUUCAAGCUCUUCGGGAAAAGACAUUUGAUCACAGGCGAAGGGAAGCCGUACUUUCAGAACUACUUGAAUAUUUUCUUUGAGCUCUAUGUGCUGGUGACGACGUCCAACAGCCCUGACGUCAUGAUGCCAGCCUACAACAGCAGCAGCUGGUAUGCCAUUUUCUUCAUCAUCUACAUCGUGGUGAACACCUACCUGUUCAUGUCCAUCUUCCUGGCGGUGGUCUACAACAACUACAGGAAGCACCUCAAGAAUGAGGUUCGCAACUCGGUGUUCAGCAAGCGGCGGACGAUGGCCAAGGCAUUUGGGAUCCUGCGCGAGCGGCUCGGGGAGGGCUGGGCGGUGAGCCAGCACAGCUGGAUGCAGCUGGUGGGGAUGGCAGUGCCGAGCAUGAGCCAGGCCCAGCGCCUGCUGCUGUGGCAGGUGUCUGACGAGGAGCACACGGGGCACAUUGGCAAGCAGGCGUUCGUGCGGCUCACCGAUCUACUCAACAUCGAGGUCAUCGAGACGAGGGGGCGGCAGCACCCCCUGCAGAGCUGUGCCCCCCGCGUCUACAGCUCCGCCGCAAGCCAGGCCCUGCGUCACGUCGUACAUCACAGGUUUUUCCGCUACUUCUUCGAUGGGGUCAUCCUGCUGAACGCGGGCUUCAUCGCGGGUGACGAGGCGAGCCUGGUGAUCCGCCAAGCUGAGUGGCUCUUCCUGGGCCUCUACGUGCUGGAGAUCUUGCUCAAGCUCUACACGUACGAGCCACAGACCUUCUUCUCACGCAGCAACUUCUGGAACUGGUUUGACGUGAUGAUCGUCGUCUCGGCUCUACUUGCAACGAUCAUCGUACAUUCCACCACGUCCAGCACUCAGAUUUUGGACUUCUUGCUGAUCAUCCGUGUGUUGCGGUUGUUGAGGAUCGUUGAAAGUUUUGAGCGAUUCCGCGUGGUGAUUCACACCAUGAUCAACAUCGGCCCCACUAUGGUGACGUACGCAGGGCUCGUCAUGGUGUUUUACUACACGUUUGCCAUCCUCGGGAUGGAGCUGUUCCAGGGAAAGAUCCGAUUCUUUCCGGCUGGGAGCUCGGACGCUCAGCCGUUCUGCGGGAACCCCCUGCUCAAUGGCUCCAAGUUCUACAACGAGAAGUACUGCAAGAACAACUUCAACGAUCUCUCCUCCUCCUUCGUCCUGCUGGUGGAGCUCACCGUGGUGAACCAGUGGCAUGUUCUCGCCAGCGGAUUUGUGGCCGUUACCAACGUAGGAGCCAGGGUUUACUUCAUCCUCUUCCACAUGAUCGUCGUCAUCUUGGUCAUCAACAUAUUCAUUGCCUUCAUCCUAGAGGCAUUCAUCCUGGAGUACACGCUCGACAAGGGCGAGACGGAGUCGGCGAUAGAAAAGAAGAUCCAGGAGUUGGGCUGGGCAUCGCCGAGGAGGACGCGGCGGGUAACGGCAUGGUGCUCGUCGACAACAUGGAGACGCAGGACCAGGAGCCGAGUGGCGUGGAGACCAGCAAGCCCGCCGGCAGCCGCAUCAUGUUCAAGAUAUCGGACAAGCGCUACAGGACGGUGGACACGCUGCUGCAACGCAUGUUUGAGGAGGAGCUGGCGCCGGAGUACGAGGGGCCGUGUGACGAGCACGAAGACAUCGACGUCAGGCCCCAGCAGCUCACGCUGGACAACCUCGUCUAGGCAGGAGCCGGCAACGACGCGAAGCGAGGACGACGGGCGUAGCGGUGGCGAGGGUGGAGUUCUGGGUUGGAGGUUCGUGGCUGAGUAGGCCAAUGGUCUUUAUAACCACUGAAGCUGAACGAAACUCUCAAUGCAAGCGUAACUCGCAAACGGGGUGGCACGUGUUCACAAUUGGAAGCCACUUAUGAUGAGAGAAGUCUCACAGGUCUAGGGAGAGCUGUGUUAUCGUGACUUGUUCUGAAGAUGAAUUUCAUAUUUAUUGUGCUAAUAUUUGAUAUUCAGCCACUACAGUGUAUUAUUCUGAUUGUUGCUCAUUAUGAUUAUAUGUCAUUCCUGGGAUUAAAGGACUAGAAGUAGUACUAGUUAUUGGCCAACUUUAUUAUCCACACAACUACCGCAACUGUGAUUGACAGUGCCCUCGAUGUUUGUGUAUAUUUGAGUUAUAGGCCAGUGUUAAUGGUGGCAGUCAAGUGUUUUCAGCCUGCCAACUCAACUGCCAAGUCCAUUUACGUACAGUGUUAAAGUCUUGAGUUAUUAGAAUGGAAUUGUUUAAAUCGUAACAAGUGCAAUGUUGUUAAGCAUUACAAAUUCCUGUAUUUUCAUGAGAAGGCAGAUUGCGUGAUUGGGGGGGGGGGGCAGUGAUGGGGCAGCUACGCAAGGCUGCUGCUGCUGCUGUUGGGGCAGCUGAGACACCACGGGGCAGCUGAGACACCAUGGGGCAGCUGAGACACCACGGGGGAGGGAUGUCGAAUUCACUCUUCUCCGGCAAGAUUUAGUUUCUGAUUCGCGUUAUCCGAUUCUUGUCAUUUUUUGUUUGUUUACAUUGUCGUCGUCUAUGUGCACAAAGCCUCACAGCUGCAUCUUGCCUGAACGUAAUCGCAAUUAAAAUACGUAUAUGAUUGAGACCGAUGGUCUUCCACGUGGAGAAUUAAUCACUGGGGCAAAUUAGGGCAUUGACGUGGGCGUGAUUUGUUAAAACCCCAAGGGAUUGUGUAUUGGUCAUCACUCCUAUUGUGUACAUAACAGUAUAC